AAUUUAUACUUGUCAGAAACUUCAGUGGUAGCAGAACGUAGAAUUUAUUUACACGCGAAUUAUUUUUAGAAUUUGCAUUAAAUAUUAAACAAAAAUACUUAAUAAUUAAUUGAAAGAAGUGUGUUUAAUAAAUUGAAUUAAAAUCAAAUAACAAAAGUGUGUUAGUUAAGCUUUUUAACGAUUGGCUGCCGAAGAAAAGUUUCUCCCUGUGGAUGAUGAGCCAUUGAGAAAAUUCAAUAUUUGCCAAAAAAAAAAAAAGUUCUAUCUGAGUGUUUUCGUUUAUAAUAAAUAAAACAAGUUCAUUGCCGGAAAAUUAAAUAAUAGAUAUUAUAAAAUAAUAGAAACAAAAUAAUGUAUUCAUAAUUUGUUACAAAAAAAGAAAAUAAUUUUGUACAACAAACAAAAAAAAAAAGAAAGAAAAAAAAACUCGAAUACAUGUUUGUGUGUGCGUUUUAAGAAUAGAAGAAAAAGCAACAACAAAAACAUCCAUGAAAUUGUUUCUUUCAUAAACAGCUGCUCAUUUUUACUUUUGGUUUGUUGUUGUUUCUGUUGUUGAUAACAAUAUACAGUAACCGUCAUAUGUUUAGUGGGAAGUAAUUUGAGGGAGGUGAAGUUGUUAUUACUUCUCUUCUGGUGUUUUUAUGCAAAUACUUCCGCAUUUAAGUUCUUCAGUUCUAUUCACUGGCAGUUGUUAGUUGAUCCAGCCAUAUAGUCACAGUGCCUAACAAUGGAUAUUAUAGGCUUAAUUAGAGCCGCUACCCAUGACUAUGGUGACAUCUUCUCCGAUGCGUGGUGGCACCUUAUAAAUAUGGAAUUCAAAACAGCCCUGACAGUUUAUAUAUCUAUUGGACUUUUAACGGUUAUCCUAAUUACCUGGUAUAUGUUCUACAGAAAAUGGUUACGUGAUAAGGAACGAGAAAAGUACCUUUUGGAGCAAAGUGCCUACUCAUCGGCAGCAGAUUUGAGGGGCUUACGUUUUCGUAAAAGAGAUAAAAUGCUGUUUUAUGGACGUAGAAUGUUGCGCAAAGUGAAGAAUGUGUCUGGUCAGGUUUACGGCGGCCAGGGCAGAAAGCGCAGGGCAGUUAUGCGUUUCGCCAAAAGACUUUUACAACUGAGAAGAGAAAAUAUUCCCCUACAAAUGAGAACAGUUGAACCGCCAGCUGAGUAUUUGGAAGAAACAAUUGAAGGUUCUGAUCGUGUACCACCAGAUGCUUUAUAUAUGUUGCAAAGUAUUCGCAUUUUUGGCCAUUUUGAGAAGCCUAUAUUCCUUAAACUAUGUAAACACACUGAACUUUUGACUUUGGAGCCUGGAGAUUUUCUUUUCAAAAUCACAGAUGCCGAUGACAGUGUUUUCAUAGUACAAUCUGGUCAAAUAAAUGUUUUCAUAUCAAAUGCUGACGGUAGUACAUUGUCAUUGAAAACUGUUCGGAAGGGUGAAUCUGUAACUUCUCUAUUGAGUUUUGUAGAUGUCUUAUCGGGCAAUCCAAGUUAUUACAAGACCGUUACAGCUAAAGCAGUGGAGAAAAGUGUAGUUAUAAGAUUGCCAAUGCAAGCAUUUAAGGAAGUUUUUGAUGAAAAUCCCGAUAUAAUGAUUCGUGUCAUACAAGUCAUUAUGAUACGCUUACAACGUGUACUCUUUACUGCUUUACGUAACUAUUUGGGUCUUAAUUCCGAGCUCGUACAAAAUCAUAUGCGUCACAAGAAGACGCAACAGCCACAACAGACAAAUACCACCACAGCACAACAGCAAACACAGCAAAAAAGUUCUCCUGGUCAUCGCAAAUCACAAGGAGAAUCAGUACAACAUAGUUUGUCGGAGGCCAUACCACCACCAGAUAUGCUAGUAGAUUUGGCCUAUGAACCACCACAGCAACAACAACAUUUACCUCUAGUUCCUCAUCUAACACCAUCGUCCAGCUCUUCACAUUUCUCGCAAAACUCUGCAGCAUGCAGUGCUGGAAACCUAUCCACACGACGUUAUUCCGUGACGCCAGCCGAAAUUAAUAUAAAUGCUUCCUCAAUCGAUAUGCAGUUGGUGCACAUAUCAGCUGUAGAUAGUUUUCUUAAGGAACUAGGUUUGCCCGAAGAGGACCGCUCCUUCUUGGAGCCAUUCGUAGAAGUCCGAGAGGUAGAUGCCGAUGUUACUCUGAUAACGGAAGGCAAUUCAGAUGACAUUUGUGUUUGGUUUGUUAUGACUGGUGGUUUGGCUGUUUAUCAGAGUGGAGUUGAUGCUAUUAGAAAUUUCAAGGCAGAUAAGUCCGAUGUCUUCAUACACCACGUACAUCCGGGUGAAAUUGUUGGGGCCCUGGCUGUACUCACCGGAGAAGCCAGCGCUUAUACAAUAAUUUCGCUGUGUCCCAGUCGUAUCGCCUUCAUUCGUCGCCCCGCCAUUUAUCAAAUAAUGCGCGAAAGACCCAAAAUUGUUUUAGAUCUGGGAAAUGGAGUUGUUAGACGUCUGUCACCUCUAGUGAGACAGUGUGACUACGCAUUAGAUUGGAUAUUUUUGGAAUCUGGCCGAGCCGUCUAUCGUCAAGACGAAGUAAGUGACAGCACAUAUAUUGUGCUCAGUGGACGUAUGCGUUCGGUCAUUACACAAUCAAGUGGUAAGAAAGAGAUUGUCGGUGAAUACGGCAAAGGUGACUUGGUGGGUAUUGUUGAAAUGAUAACAGAAACUUGUCGCACCACAACAGUCAUGGCUGUGAGAGACUCCGAACUUGCCAAACUACCCGAAGGCCUAUUUAAUGCUAUUAAACUAAGAUAUCCCAUAGUGGUAACGAAAUUAAUAAGUCUGCUUAGUCAUCGUAUAUUAGGUACGAUGCAAACUCGUACUGGCGGCACAGCUGCUCCCCUAGAGGCUAAUCCUGUUACCCACAAAUAUUCCACAGUGGCUUUAGUACCCGUGUCUGAAGAUGUUCCUUUAACGGCUUUCACUUACGAACUGUUCCACUCGCUGUGUGCCAUUGGUCCCACGUUGCGUUUGACAUCGGAAGUGGUGCGUAAACAAUUGGGAAUUCAUAUUUUUGAACAAAGCAAUGAGUAUCGUUUGACUUCUUGGCUGGCGCAACAAGAAGAUCGUUACAUUAUUACUUUGUAUCAAUGUGAUACCUCCCUAAGUGCUUGGACACAACGUUGUAUGCGUCAAGCUGAUGUCAUUCUAAUCGUUGGUAUGGGUGAUCGACCCCCAACUGUUGGUAAAUUCGAAAGGGAAAUUGAUCGUUUGGCGAUGCGUACUCAAAAAGAAUUGGCCCUGCUAUAUUCUGAAAAUGACAGUUCGAAGCCCUCGAAUACUCUACAAUGGCUAAAUGCCAGGCCCUGGGUAACGAAACACCAUCAUAUCCAGUGUGUAAAACGUAUAUUCACUAGAAAAAGUCAAUAUAGAAUUAACGAUCUCUACAGUCGUGUAUUGAUGUCUGAACCAAACAUGCACUCGGAUUUUUCACGUUUAGCUCGCUGGCUUACAGGUAAUUCGAUUGGUUUGGUAUUGGGUGGCGGCGGUGCUCGUGGUGCUGCACAUAUUGGCAUGCUGAAAGCCAUACAAGAGGCUGGUAUACCCAUUGAUAUGGUGGGUGGUGUUAGUAUUGGAGCGCUAAUGGGUGCCCUGUGGUGCUCUGAACGUAACAUCACAACAGUUACACAGAAGGCCAGAGAAUGGUGUAAAAAAAUGACAAAAUGGUUUUUACAAUUACUGGAUCUAACAUAUCCCAUUACUUCAAUGUUUUCGGGACGUGAAUUUAACAAAACCAUACGUGAUACAUUCGGCGAUGUCAGUAUCGAAGAUCUAUGGAUUCCUUACUUUACUCUAACCACUGAUAUUACGGCCAGUUGUCAUAGGAUACAUACAAAUGGAUCUUUGUGGCGUUAUGUACGUUCAUCCAUGUCACUCAGCGGUUAUAUGCCGCCUCUGUGUGAUCCCAAAGAUGGACAUUUACUAUUGGAUGGUGGCUAUGUCAAUAAUUUACCAGGUCACUUGUGGCGUUAUGUACGCGCUAGCAUGUCUAUUGCUGGUGUGUUCCCACCAUUUUGUGAUUAUAAAGAUGGUCAUUUAUUACUUGAUGGCUGUUAUACAAAUAAUGUUCCAGCUGAUGUAAUGCACAAUUUGGGAGCUGCACAUAUUAUAGCAAUAGAUGUCGGUUCACAAGAUGAUAUUGAUUUAACAAAUUAUGGUGAUGAUUUAUCUGGCUGGUGGUUGUUGUAUAAAAAAUGGAAUCCAUUUACAUCUCCAGUUAAAGUGCCCGAUCUUCCUGAUAUACAGUCAAGGUUGGCUUAUGUUUCAUGUGUACGACAAUUAGAGGAAGUUAAAAAUUCCGAUUAUUGUGAAUACAUACGACCACCGAUAGAUAAGUAUAAAACUUUAGCUUUUGGCAGUUUUGAUGAGAUACGUGAUGUUGGUUACGUUUUUGGUAAAAACUAUUUUGAAAAUAUGGCCAAAGCAGGUCGGUUGGGACGUUUUAAUCAGUGGUUCAAUAAGCAGCCACCUAAAAAGGAUAAUCAUGCCUCGCUGAGUGAAUACACAUUUAUUGAUUUGGCGCAAAUUGUUUGCAAGUUGCCAGAAACGUAUGUGGAUCAUCCACAACAACAUCAUACAUAUUUCUACAGUGAGGAUGAGGAUUACGAUGGUUACAUAUCGGAGCCAUCCAAUUAUAAUAGAAAUCAAAUAAAAUUGAAACGUACAGGUACUUCAUUGUCAUUGUCGGAAAAUGAAAUGGAUUCUGACAUUGAAGUUGAUCUCACGCUGGCAAUUAAACAGCAUCAGCAUCAAAAGUCAGCCCGCAGUACACCACAAUCGCCAGUUAAUGUUAUAAACAUUUUCAAUACCAUCGACAAUAUUGAUGGACAUCCUAAAACUAACUCAAUUUCAUUGAAUUCGGACUCAAUAAAAUCUCCACCAACAUUAGAAUACUUAAACUCUAGAUCAUCGUCCUCCACAACCCAGGAAAAUGAGGAAAAAGACAAUAGUGAAAUGGAAAAUGAACAUGUUUAUGAUUAUGAACAUCAACAUCAACACGAAGAAAAAAGCACAAUACCAACUAUAACGUCAUAACCUUUAAUAUAUAGAAACUAGUUUUAUACUUAUUUUCAUUCAGUUUUAUCAUUUUGUCCACCUGAAACUCUGUGAGAUACUCAAACCACAAACAAUUUUUAAGCAUCAAUCUAAGACUUGUUAAACAUAAAAAAGAACUGAUGAUGUAUCAAUGUUUCUACUUCUAUUUGCCAUUAAUUGUUGAACAAUUUUUUAAAACCAAUUCUUUUCUUAUUUUUCGUUUCAUUUAAUAUUUCUUUUAAUUUUUAUAUUUUUUUAGAUAGUUAAGUAAAUUUUGUUUUUUUUUAGUAUAAGUUCUUACAAAACAGUUUAUAAGGGUUUUAUUUUGUAAGUUAAUAUAAAAAAAUUAUAAUUAUUAUUGUUAAUUUUUCAAAUUAUGUAAAUAAUGAAAGCGGCAAAUGAUCUUUCUCUUUUUAAAGCAAUGCACAAGAUAUUAAAGAAUUUCAUUAUAAAAUUUCAAUUUUUUAAAAUAGUAUACAAAAAAUACUUACAAAAAAUGAUUAAUAAAUAAAAAUAUCUUUAAAAAAAAUACAAA